UUAGCUGUCAUCCUUUGGAGUACAAGAGCAGUGUUUAUACGGUUUGAAUGUGGAAACGGUACAUUCGCUCACUGUAGUUGUUUUAUUGGUGCGAUUUUUUUUUUCCCCCCCGCACGCAAAAUGGACAUUAAAAUUGCAGAAUUGAUUCCUUUGGGGCUUUCUGUGAAGAUCAGUCGUAGUGACGGUCGGGUCCACGGCGCAACUGUGAAGGCCAUCCACCCGCUGAAGGCAGCCGUGUCCGUGGAGUGGGCCGAGAACUCGGCUACCAAAGGGAAGGAGGUGGAAUUGGGUGAGUUGUGGGACCUCAAUCGAGAGCUCUUUGAAUACCUGAAGUCCUCCAGCCAAAAUGAGCCAGCGCCCAGCGCAAGACGCAAUGUAACUGAGAGCAGGCUUCGUUCAUCAAAAAUUCCUGCUCCCUCUGAAUUGCGUAGGAAGUCAGCUGUACGUCGAACAUGUCUGCUUCCUUUGACCGUUGCUCAGUCCUACAACACAGAAGAUGAGCAGCUGACUCUUGAAUCCAAGCCUCCCCCCUCAAAUGGCUCAGGUAUACCAUCUCAGAAGCGCAGGAAGAAUGGCCUGGUGAAGCCAUCCACCUUUCUGCCACAGGUGGAUGAAAUUGGAGUGGAGAAUGAAAUCCAGCCUUCAGCUUCCAGAAGUGUUUCUGCUGUCAGUACAGCCAGGCGCAAGUCAGGGGCUUCCCUGGAAGUUGAGAAAAUCCAAAACAAACGUGAAAUCACCCAAGCAAAAAAUGCUGAAACACGGACCAAACGAAACAAAGAUGGGGACAUGAACCGUCCAAACUGGCUGUUCUAUAAGAUGAUAGAGGAAUACAGAGAAAAUCUAGAAAUUGUGCCCAUUUCUUUAUCCGAUCCUGUUGAACUGCACAGGAUUUGCGUUUGUGUUCGGAAGCGUCCACUGAACAAACAAGAGGUGGCCAGGAAGGAAAUCGAUGUGGUGUCUAUACCUGGAAAGGGCAUCCUGCUCCUGCAUGAACCUAAACAAAAGGUGGACCUAACAAAGUACCUGGAAAAUCAGGUCUUCCACUUUGACUACUCCUUUGAUGAAACUGCAACCAACGAACUUGUUUACAGAUUCUCUGCUAAGCCUCUGGUUCAGACCAUUUUUGAAGGGGGUAUGGCAACUUGUUUUGCCUAUGGGCAAACCGGCAGUGGAAAAACACAUACUAUGGGUGGAGAUUUCUCAGGGAAAAAUCAAAACAGCUCUAAAGGAAUCUAUUCAUUAGCUGCACAAGAUCUCUUUCUCCUUCUGAAACAGAAAAGGUAUUCCAGUAUGGGCCUGGAACCCUAUGUUUCCUUCUUUGAGAUCUACAAUGGCAAGGUUUUUGACUUGCUCAACAAGAAGGCCAAACUGCGUGUGCUAGAGGAUGGCAAACAGCAGGUCCAGGUCGUGGGUCUGCAGGAAGUUUACGUCUCUGGUGUUGAAGAUGUCAUCAAGAUGAUCGAUGUGGGCAGUGCCUGCAGGACGUCUGGGCAGACUUUUGCAAAUGCCAACUCGUCUCGCUCCCAUGCGGUGCUUCAGAUUAUCCUGCGUCGGGGCAACAAGCUGCAUGGGAAGUUCUCACUGGUGGACCUGGCAGGCAACGAACGUGGCCCUGACGUCAGCAGCAACGACCGGCAGACAUUGGUGGAGACGGGAGAGAUCAACUGCAGUCUGCUGGCCCUGAAGGAAUGUAUCCGCUCCCUGGGCCAGAACAGCGAACACAUCCCGUUCAGGAUGAGCAAGCUGACACAGGUGCUGAGGGACUCCUUCAUUGGUGAGAACUCAAAGACGUGCAUGAUUGCCAUGAUCUCUCCUGGGAUGGGAUCCUGUGACUACACACUAAACACUCUUCGAUAUGCUGACAGAGUAAAAGAACUCAACGGCGUAUCCAGUGUUGCUGCCACCAACUCUGACAAAAAGAUGGAGAUGGAGAUCGAGGUGGAGGAUUCUGACCUCUCAGCAGAGGACUCCACCCCUGUGGAUGAUGUGUUUGAAGCAGAGUCUCAGGUCUCCAAAGUGGGGGAGCAGUUGUGCAAAUAUCUACAGCAAAGCAGUGAAAUCAUUAGAAUGAUGGAGAGACCAUCGUACAACGCAGCAGCUGGUGUACCUGAGAUUAAGGAUUACUUAAAAAGACUUCAAGACUUCGUCUUGCCAUUGCAGACUGCUAUAGAGCAAGAGAAGUUGGCAAAGAUCUCAUUAAGAAAGAAAAGCACCUGAGACAAAGUACUUGUCUGGUUUCAGUUUGAUAAAUGUGACAUUUGUCCCCUUUGUAUUUCAUUAUAAACAUUUCUGAUUUUUUUUUCCAUUGUACAUAUCUGCAUAUCUAAAUGUACUAAAAGACAUUCUAGCCAGUCACUACAUAGCAAAACUGAAAGCACAGAAUAUAGCAGACCUUUGUAAAUGUUAUAAUAAAGUAAUAAAGUUUUUGUAAAUAUAAAAUGUACUACAUUGGCUUUUUUGCAGUAAUUUGUCGAACCAAACUGAUUAAAUGUUUUAACCG